AUGGAACUUCGGGCAGGAAACAGCCCGGACAAGACCCUGGGCUUGUCCCAUGCUGCCCCUCUCCUGGGGCCUGCUGCUUGGCCUCUGCAGACAGUGCUGCUCGGCAGGAUGCCACUCGUAGGCCCCAGCGGCAGCCUGGCCCUGGCCCUGGCCCUGGCCCUGGCCCUGCGCACCCCUAUUGAGCAUGCUCCAGUGUGCACCAGCCAGGCCAGCACCCCGCUGCUGCCCGCUUCUGCCCAGCCGCCUCUUGCUGCCUCUCCCAGCGCAGCCCCGCCACCCCUGGCUGCAACCGCUGCCCAUGCUGCCGCUGCCUCUGCCUCGGCCCCUGCUUCAAGCCCUGCGGACAGUCCCAGGCCCCAGGCUUCUGCUCACGGUGCGGCCCAGGCGACCUCUCCAGCACCUGCUGCCCAUCCGUACACUGAAGCCCCGGCAGCGACUGCACCAAAGCCUCGGGUUGUCACCACUGCCAGCAUCCGGCCUUCCGUCUACCAGCCAGUGCCUGCAAAUACCUACAGCCCAUCUCCGGGGGCCAAUUACAGCCCAACUCCCUACACCCCCUCGCCUGCCCCUGCCUACACCCCCUCGCCUGCCCCCACCUAUACCCCCUCC